GAAGGAAGGGAGACUGUCGUUGCCGCGCCGAAGAGAGCUCCCAGACCUGGAAAGCCUCCCACCCAAUUUGCCCGCCGGCCGCCGCCUCCCUCUCCGGCAAGUCCGGCCGGCGGCGAGGUGGUGAUGCCACGAAAACGGCGGUGGCGCCGGCCGUUUGAUGCGCCCGCCACCUCCUCCUCCCGCCGCGUUCUCCAAGCACCACCUCCUCCGCAUCCGCCGCUGCCUCCCACCCGUUUGGCUUAAUGCCGCCCACGCCCGGGACCCGUCCCCGCCACCACCACCACCGCCGCCGCCGCCCACCUCUUUUUUCUCCCCCUCCUCCCUCUCUGCCCUUCUCUUCUCCUGCACUGCGGGUCACGCCCGCUUAACCGGCGAGCAGGUGCACGCGCGCGCCGUCGCGCUCGGCCUGGGCGCGCACCCCUCGGUGCUCCCCAGGCUCGCCUCCUUCUACAUCGCGCUCGGCGACCUCUCUGCGGCGCGAGCUGCCGUCGAGCGCGCGGCAGGGAAGGCGCGGGCGUUCCCCUGGAACCUGCUCAUAUGGGGCUACGCGGACCGGGGGCUGUGGGGCGAAGUGGUCCUCGCCUACGAGAGGAUGCUGGCGCUGGGCGUGGGCGCCGACAGGUUCACGUACCCGUCGGUCCUGCGUGCCUGCGGCGAGCUCCGGGAUGCCACCAUUGGCCGGGGGAUUGAGCAGAGGAUUCAGAGGUGGGGAUACGGCCUGGACAUGUACGUCUGGAAUGCGCUGGUGGGGAUGUAUGCCAAGUGCGGGGAGCUGGAGGACGCACGCAGGGUGUUUGACGGAAUGCCUGCGAGGGAUGUUGUCAGCUGGAACGCGAUGGUGUCUGGGUAUGCGUCCACGGGUAUGUGGGGUGAGGCGUUUGAGCUGCUGCAGCAGGUUCCUGGGGCAAACAUUGUCACCUGGAACAUUGUUGCAGCAGGAAAUUUGAAGGCGGGGAACAACGGCGAGGUGAUGAGGCUGGUGUCGCAGAUGAGGAGUUCCCACGGUCCAGGGCUGGAUUUUGUGACUGUUGUGGUUGGCCUCAAGGCAUGUGGUCGGAAUGGUUAUCUGAGAAUUGGCCGUGAGUUGCACGGUGUGGCUGUUCGUCUAUGCUUUGAUAGGCUUGAGCGCGUGGAAUGUUCAUUGAUCACAAUGUACUCAAGAUGCCAGAUGAUGAGGUCUGCCUACCGUCUGUUUAGAACAUGUUCAGUUCGGAGCAUGGCAACAUGGAAUUCAUUGCUAGCAGGAUUUGCAUUCAUGGAGCAGGUCGAGGAAGCUAUGUGUCUUUUCCGAGAGAUGACUGGUUCCGCUGUCUUUCCAAAUGAUGUUACUGUGUUAACUAUGCUUUCACUUAGUGCACGUUUUGGACACCUGUGUCACGGAAGGGAGAUGCACUGCUACAUCAUCAAGCAUGGACUCAGUGGCUCUAACUUACUGCAGAACUCACUUGUUGACAUGUACUCAAAGUCUAGACAGAUGGCAGCUGCCCGCAGAGUGUUUGAACAGAUGCAGUGUCGAGACAGGCAUGCCUACACUUCGUUGAUUUUGGGGUAUGGAAUGCAAAGAGAGGGUCUUGUAUCACUGAAGCUCUUUGAUGAGAUGAUUGCCAACAAUAUCAAGGUGGACCAUGUGACUAUGGUUGCAGUUCUCUCAGCAUGCAGCCACUCUGGGCUGGUAACUCAAGGGCAACUACGAUUUGCUGAGAUGUUUGAUGUAUUUUGCAUUGCACCAAGGGUGGAGCAUUUUUCUUGCAUGGUCGAUUUGUACUGCCGUGAAGGUUUGCUGAGGAUGGCUGAGGAGAUAAUUAACAAGAUGUCAUUUCAGCCAACUGCUGCAAUGUUGGCAACUCUAAUUGAGGCUUGCAGGAUCCAUGGCAAAAUGGAAAUUGGGGAUCGAGCUGCAAAGAGGCUGCUGGCAAUGAGGACGGACAACCCUGGCCACUACAAAUUGAUUGCAAACAUGUAUAUUUCAGCCAAACGCUGGCCAGAACUAGCUAAGGUUAGAUCAUCAAUGAGCGCAAUGGAGCUAAAUAUGAUUCGAACCCAUUCCUUACUGGAGUCAGAAUAUGACAUAUGUCUAGUCAAACAAGUUUGUUGCUUAAACCACAGUACACAUGGAGGCUUGUCUGAUGACAUGACAGAUAUUGAUUUCUCUAGUAGUGAGGAAGUGAAAUUCAAUGAAGGUUUUGGUGGGUAACAAUAAAGCUGGAAUCCGAUAGGCUACUUUGGGACCAUGGCUUUUAUGUUAGGCAAGCAUCUUAGCAACCUGUGUUCUUCACAUCGCAGAAGAGAGAAUCUUGCGUUAUUACAUACAAAUGAAGGAUGGCACUUCCAUUACUUCCCACAAACAAUUUGGAAUGGUAAUAUCAAAAUCCGCAUACUACUAUCAAUUGACACUGUUCUUUUGCUGUCCUGGGCUCAUGUGAUUCAUAGUCAUUUCUAUAUAUGAAAGCACAAGAGUUACGCGGCCGGCUAGGGUGUCCAAGUCGCCUUUUUUCUGCGGGUUGUCGGAUCCUCCAUCGGACAGCUCUCAUUGCCCACGUGCAGUUCGCGCGAUUUGCUAUCCCCGUCAAUGCGCUGGUCCUUGCUUUCCCAUUGCGGGCGCGGCGGUUGUUCCGUUCACACCGCCUGCAUGGCCCGUGAGCAGCCAUGCCAGCGCGCGUCUUCUUUUCAUGGCCUCCUCCUCUCCCCCCGCGUCCCUGCC